UGAUGGAUGAUAGCACGUCUUCCCGAGCGCGCGCCCCUGACACGAGCACAAACCUGGAGACUAGUAUUAAACUCCCUUCGUUUCCAUGUGCGAGCUGUGUCUAAGCUAGAAUCACUUGGGAGUGACCUUCCUCAGCUCUCAACUCUCGACACAAGGAGAUGAUGCUGAACGGGCAUGGCGGCGGCGGCGGGAGACGCCUGUUCACGGCGUCGCAGUGGCAGGAGCUGGAACACCAGGCGCUCAUCUACAAGUACAUGGCCUCCGGCGCGCCCGUGCCGCACGACCUCGUCCUGCCACUCCGCCUCGCCACCGGCGUCGACACCGUCCCUUCCCUCGCCUUCCCGCCCCAGCCGCCGUCCCUGGGGUACUGGGGGUGCUACGGCCCGGGGGCGCAGUUCGGGCGGAAGGCGGAGGACCCGGAGCCGGGGCGGUGCCGGCGGACGGACGGCAAGAAGUGGCGCUGCUCCAGGGAGGCCCACGGCGACUCCAAGUACUGCGAGAAGCACAUUCACCGCGGCAAGAACCGUUCAAGAAAGCCUGUGGAAGUGACCUCCUCCGCCAACUCCCCCGCCGCCGCCGCCGCCUACCGGCCGUCCGCGCUCUCCAUCUCGCCCCCUCGCGCACUCGACGCGCCUAGCUACGGCCACCACCACCAGCAUCUCCAUCACGGCGCCUCCUCUGCUCGCGCCCCCGCUCAGACUGCCAGCACUCUCCAGCUCCACCUCGACGCCGGCUUCCACGGGGCGUCGCCACCGCCGUCUUACCACAGGUACGCUCGCGCUUACCGCACGCCGUCAUCGCUCUUCCCGGGCGGUUACGGCUACGGCUACGGGUCAUCCAAGGAGCUUGAGGAAGCGGAGCUGAGGCGGCGGCAUUACCUCGUGCUCGGAGCUGACCUGAGCCUGGACAAGCCGCCGGCCGCCGCCAGCCGUGACGCCGCGGCCAUGGAGAAGCCUCUGCGGCGCUUCCUCGACGAGUGGCCGCGGGAGAGCAGCGACGGGAGGCCGUGGACGGGGGCGGAGGACGAGACGCAGCUCUCCAUCUCCAUCCCCGCGGCUUCGCCGUCCGACCUCGCCGCCUCACGUUACCACAACGGGGAGUGAGUGAUGGGUGCAUUUCGGUGCUGCAAGCCUGCAACAGCAAGGAACAUGCACGUUGCUUCGCUGAACCGCCGCACGGGGGGCAUGCAAGCUCAGCCUGAGACCCUGAACCAAACCAAAUCAUGUUGUAGCAGCACUCUAGUUAGCACUACGUUUUGAUCUUCUUUUUUAGUUUUCUAUCAAAUGUUAGGUUGUGGUUUGUGUAACAUUUUCGUUUAACGAUCGCCCAGAAUAGUCUGAGGCGACGUGACGUGACGUGAGGUUGCUUGCUCCUGUUUCUUCCUUUGGGUGCGUUUUCAGUCAGUGAUGUAUGCCUUGUCAGCAGUUUUCUGUU